AUGUCAGAACAAAUUCUGUACGAUAACUGGCAAAAAGCUAAAAGAAGUACAGAACAAGCAAAACAAAAAUGGAACAAAAAACGUACUGAAUUAUUAAACUACGGUGCUGCUAAACCUUAUAAUCUUGUACAACAAGUAAAAGCUUGCAAAAAACAAUAUGAUAAUCUGAAAAAACAAGAAAAAGAUGCAGAAAUUCUUUAUCUUAGAUGUAAGAGAGUUCCUCCUGCAUUAAAACUCGAAUCUGAAACAGAUACAAAUCCUCUUUCUGAAUUAAAAUUAGAAUCUGAUCUAGAUUUGGAACCUCCUCCAGAAUUAGAUUAA